UACAGCCAUGAGCAGCGCUCACGCGGGGAUUCAAGCACGCAGCUGCUUCUUCCCCCAGCGCAGCUAACAAACAUUAGCCCCCGUUGCUAACUGCCGUCACUUGGUCUUCGCCCCACGAGUUUACGCUGGGCCCUGCAAUGUUCGAGUCGAGCGGCGUGACGCCUUUUCCACAAAUGAAUUACACACUUAAACGAGCCGCGUGCGUGAUUUUUGUUGGUUUCCGAGCAGGUCACAACGCGUUAACCUUUCACUUUUGCGUCGACGUUCGUAGCAGUGUGUCGCUUUUGUUUGGCCGACACAAGCGGCGCUCGAUUUGUUCACCCGAAACGCGCUGCAAAGGCGUUUUUCAUACAAUAGCGGUGAUGGGUGUGUCAACAGACCCGUAGGGGGACAAAAAUCAUGGUUAAACGAAUAAAAAUCAAGCAUAUUUUUUGACGAAAACAAAGCGACGUAGGAGCUGUAUCGACAGACAAUUACGAAACGUGAAAAUAAAGGACGGGAAUGGCGGCGCAACACGGCCGAUGACUAACCGGGCGGAGUCGUUAAAGGUUUGAAGCGCACCUUUUCCAAACGUAGCCCACACAAGGACGCCGGUUGCUAGUCCAAAUGAAUUAAAGGAAACCUCACCAACUAAUGGUUUAGCGUAAAAUUUGUAUUUGUUUGUUUUUUUGUGGGGGUCGUCAUGUCUGUUCGAGCCGCCGCGGGGUGUUGGACUUUGCGCCGCUGGAGAUGUUUACGAACACGGCAAAGUGUCACGGCGGCCGCUAGCAGGCGACAAUGUAGCAAGCUAGCGACAAAACAGGAAAACACAUCGCCAAAGAGGUCCAAGUUCCGACCGGCACCGAGCGCCACGCACGACUGGAUCGGCCCGCCCGACCCUCUUUCCAACCUGCGACCCGUCGUCUAUCGCGUGGCGCGCCACGAGUCGGAGCUGGAGAGGCGCCUGAGGAACUUGCGGCAGGACACCGAGGACUGGAACCACAGAUUCUGGACCCAGCAGAACGUCACCUUCAGCAAGGAAAAAGAGGCCUUCAUUGUGUCGCAGCUGAAGGCCAAAGGCUUGACUGAGCGAGACCAGCAAGGUUGUCCAAAUCUUCAGCACACACGCGCGACCGGCAAUCAACAAAUUGUUGUCAACGGCAAAAGACGACAUUCGCGACCAGAGUUUUUCGCCAAGCGGACGCUCUGCUCACUGAGUUGCCCUGCGAGUCAUCCACUUAAUCCAAAUGGACACCCCCCAAGUGGAAUUAUUAUUUCACUUUGUAGACACAAAGUGUUCUUAGCUGAGCCCAUUUGGACUUUGUUGCCAACCAAAACAGCAGCAGCCGUCGAAGCACGAAAUUGGAAUCUCGCCGUGUGUUGUAAACUACUAUUAAAGGUGUUAUCUUAUGCGGCAACAUUAGCUUUAACGACAAUUGGCGUUCAGGUAGCCUGGGACACACAACAUUGUGGAGCGACCACGGCAGUCUACUGGAAUGGCGACAUGGACGCAAAAAAACAUUGUGGAGCAACUACAUCAGUGUACUGUACCGGUUUAUGUUUCAAUAGACUCUAAAAUUUGGUCGCUCUAUUUUCCAGCCAGCACUGAUGGGUGGUUGCUCCACAGUGUUGUAUAUGUCCACCUCCCCUCUUUUUCCAUCAGUCGUUCGGACACGUCCAGAGGAGAGACAGAGAGUGUAUUGGUAGAAGGAUGAUGAGGAUGGAGCUGCCAGGCAAGAGAGCGAGGGGAAGGCCAAAGAGGAGGUUGAAGGAUGUCGUGAGGGAAGACGUGAGGGCCGUUGGUGUUGGAGAGGAGCAUGCAGGAGAUACGCUCCCGCGGAAAAGGAUGGCGCGCUGUGGCCACCCCUCACGGGACAAGCCCAAAGGAAAUGAAGAAGAUUGUGUUUUCUCCUCAACUGCACUUUCACAUGACACAAAUUCUAAUAUUGUUUGACAUUAUUCCAAAUCUGUGUCGCAGGCCGGCGCACUCUGAGCAGCGAGGAAAUGUCCGUCUUCUACAAGAACUUCUUGGACAAAAACCGAGAGCGACAUGCGAGUUACAAC